AUAUUUGAGCAUAGAAUUGAAUUUGUUGUAGAAUUAAUAUAUUUUGGGAUAUUGUUUCUGAAAAGUUAUAAGAUAUGUCAUUUUGUAGCCUAUUUUAUUUUUGUUUUUGAAUGUGGUAUAGAAAUGUGCUUUAGCCAAUUUAUUUGGACACAUACAUUAAUUGUUGAAUUCUAAAUUUACAGGCCCAACCCUAUAACAAAAAAUUAAUAAAAUAAUAAAAAAAGCCCAAUCAUAUAUAUACUUAAAAAGUUGAGCAAUAAUUUGGCCCAAUGUUGAGCCCACGCACGAGACACACUUUCAGUAAUCUUCUCCUUUCUAGUUUCUACCUUUGCAAACGCCGUGCACCGCCGACUACCGGGCGGCCGUACUCUUGCCGGUAGGGCUUUGUAAUUUACAUACCAAAUCGUUCGUUAUGUUGUGUGGACUUCAAUAUAUGCGUAAUUUCGACGACCCCGUACCCGGCCUUCGGGCUACCAGAAUUCUAUGAAGCUUACCGUCUAAAACCUCUUGUAUCAAGGAUCAUAUCGAUAAUUUUGGAUUUUGAUUCGGUGAAUGGUGGGGUGUCGUGUGUGUGUUUUGUGUGUAUGUUGUGUGUGUGUGCUGUGUCUACGUGUGGAUUUCUGAAUCUUGGGGUGAAAUAAAAGAGUAUGAAAGUUCUUGGGAGUUCAUUUGAAAUUUAGUUAUGUUUCGGACUUAAUUGUGUUCUGGGGAGUUCUAUUUUUGGUGUCUUCACGAAAUUUGUAGUUUAGUCUCUUGUCUUUCUCUGUAUGUACACAAAAUAAAAGUUAUGUUCCAAAUAUGACCACUGCACUGGGCUACUUAUUUUCAAACACGACUGUACUCUGUGUGCUUGUUUAUAAGACUUUUUCAUAUGUCUAGUAACUUGCUCGUAAAUGUUCAAUAUCUUCAUAAGACUUGUAGUUAUGUACCUUUCUUCUCAUGAGUUUCAGGAUCAGUCAAAUAUCUAUGUUCUCGUAAAUGUUAUAUUCGAAAUAUUUUAGCUGCGCAUAUAUGAUCUGAUGAGUUUUUCAGCAGCAGGGAUGUUCUACUUGGGAGUGGUUUUCAUCCUUUGAACAUACUCGUCUCUAUUAGAAAUCUACAUAGGAGUUUUAGAUGUGCGUCUUGACAUUCUACUGGAGAAGGAAUUACUUUAAUCGUGUUUUCUAUUUGAUUUUCAGCUUUCUCUCCCCCAUCCCAGACAUAAUUCGUGUACCUCAAAUUUUGUGUAGGUUCAUUUUGUGUUAUCGUUCGUUUGUGGUUCAACUGGUGGAUCCUGAUUUGCUUUUCUGGAGCUAAAUUUCCUUAUCUUGCUCCCCUGAUGUAAAGAGAGAAUUUUUGUUAGGACUUGUGUUUGACUGUCCAUAUUAUAUCUCUCGUUGUCAUGUUUGUGGAACAACAGAUUUGUUUUGGCAGAAUGAUGUAAUGAUCUGUGCUUUUUAUACUGUCAGAUUUAGUACUCCUUUUUAAGUACGAUUGAUUUUGUUUAUGUUCAUCUAGUGUUAUCGUCGGACUUAUGUUGGACUGUCCAUAUUGUUUCUCUUGUAGUCAAUUUUGUGAAACAACAAUUAUGGUUUGGUCGAAUGGUGUAAAGAUCAGUGCCUUUCAUUCUGUCUGAAUCAGUACUCAUUUUUAAGUACAAUUGAAUUUUUUGUUCGGUCCGAACUUUGGGGUUUUUGUUGGCUGUGAUAACUUUGCAUUUAUUUUAUCUGCCCAAGUUUUCAUUGUCGCAUCUUGUGCAAAAUGUUCUAAACUUCUUAUAAUAACACUUGGAAACUUCUCAAUUUUUUUCUUUCUAGUAGAACUGGAUUUUAUUCCUAAUUCUGGUUUUUCUUUUUACUCCUUUGACAUUAUCCUAGUUAGGAAUAUCAAUGUUAAAUGAUUGUGAGUGAGUAAAUGGUAGUUUUGCUAUUUUGAGGUGGAAGUGCGAUCCUUGCUCACUAAUUAUUCACUACUUCAUUCAUUUUACGCCAUUGUGAUCACAGCAACUACCCCUGACGGUCACCUGGGCAGGUUGUUGGAGAAAAUUUGGGCUAGUUCUGGGGAGUGCUUAAAAAACUGGGGACUUCAUUAUUUGGGGAGUUUCACCUAGGGAGGUUGUUGGAGCAAAUUUGGGCUAUUUGCUUGACAACUUGUCUUCACUGAUUUUUGCACUUGUCAGCUCUAAUGGAGCUUACAUGCUUGAGCGAGGGCAAAGGUUUUCACUUCCCUCCAUGCCACAUUCUGAAUAUUUCUGGCUUCAGGGUUUUAUUUGAUUGUCCCAUGGACCUCUCGUCCCUAACAGUCUUUUCUCCUGUCCUAUGGCACACAAGCACAAUAGAUAACGAAGAUCAUUUUCCCUGUUCUUGUGAAAAUAGCGUGAGUUCCAGCUCAACUGAAGGAGAAAGGUUGAAAAUUGACAAACCCCUAGAUGCAACCAGUUUAAUUCACGCCUUACCCCGAUAUAGAAUGGUCAAGAACUUGCUUUUAUGGGAUAUUUCAUUCAUUGAUGUAGUGUUGAUAUCUAGUCCUAUGGGCAUGCUGGGGUUACCCUAUCUUACACGGAGCAGAGAUUUUUCAGCUAAGGUAGAUUUGGCACUUAAGGUGUAUGCAACUGAGGCUGCUGCUAGAAUUGGGCAAUUGAUGAUGGAGGAUCUUGUAAACAUGCAUAUGGAGUUUAGGCAAUUUUAUGGGCCUGCAGAAUGUGAUGCGCCGCAGUGGAUGAAGUGGGACGAACUUGAGUUGAUUCCAUUGGAGUUGAGGCUGGUCAUUUGUGGUGCUGAUGGGAUGGCGUUUGGUGGUUGGAUGCCAUUAUACAGUGCAGCUGAUGUGAAGGCUUGCAUGUCAAAGGUUCAACCUCUUAAGUUUGCUGAAGAAGCUUGCCACAAUGGCAUGCUGAUUGUGAAACCAUUUAGUUCUGGUUUAGAAAUAGGCUCAUGCAAUUGGAGUGUCUCUAGUCCAAAAGGAAGUAUUGCUUAUGUUUCAAAUUCUGUCCUCUCAUCAACCACGGCAAUGGGAUUCGAUUACAAGGCUCUUCAUAGAAUGGAUGUGAUCAUUUAUUCAGAUUUCUCUUCGCAAAUUGCCACAGACAAACUCGACGAUGAUAAUAAUUGCUCCGGUGCUGGUGUUGACCACUUUUCAAGUUUGAGUGAUGAUAUUAUUACAAGUGCCACUCUCCUUAAUGAUGAUGAGUACUUGGAGGAGAUGGAGAAAUUGGAUUUCAUAUGUUCUUCCUCGGUGGACUCUAUAAAAGCAGGGGGUUCAGUUCUAAUCCCUAUUGGACGCCUUGGGGUCAUUUUGCAGUUGUUGGACCGUUUUGCCCUCGAUUUGUCAUCUGAAAACAUGAAGGUUCCCAUUUUUGUAAUUUCAUCUGUUGCAGAAGAGCUUAUGGCAUUCACAAAUAUUAUACCAGAAUGGUUAUGCAAGCAACUGCAAGAUCGUCUCUACUGUGGUCAACAAUUAUUUGCUCAUUCAGAGAUGCUUAAAGAUGGAAGGCUUCAUUUGUUUCCUGCCAUUCAUUCUGCCGAACUUUUAAAAAUUUGGCAGGAGCCUUGCAUAGUAUUUUGUCCCCACUGGAGUCUACGACUUGGACCUGCUAUUCAUUUGCUCUGGAGAUGGUGUGGAGAUCCAAAUUCACUACUUGUUAUGGAGGACAAGGUGGAUGCCAGUCUGGCUUUCUUGCCUUUCAAGCCAAUGGCAAUGAAAGUCCUCCAGUGUUCUUUCCUCUCAGGAUUGCAGCUGCACAAGUCUCGCCAUCUACUGAAGAUAUUACAACCCAAGCAUGUUCUGUUUCCCAAUAUCCUCAAGCAGCACAUGAGUUCUCUGGAAACUUCAUUUUCUGUCAGCUACUACCAUGAAAACGAGACGCUGCAAAUCCCGUACACAAAGGAGUACUCGGAAUUCGACAUCUCUAUAGAGUUGGCCUGCCAGCUCAAAUACACGACACUAAAACGACAAGACGUGGACAUUGCUAAACUGAAGGGAGAGCUUUUGGUGGAGCAAGGGAAAUACAGGUUACUCGCUGGAAACGAGCAAGUCGCGUCAAGGCCAAAGUUAGAGGCAUUGUGUUUUGGAGGAGUGAAGUUGAAUGCCCUUUUGACGGCUCUUGGAAAAUUGGGUAUGAAUCCGGUGGUGGAGAGAGUUGUGGGUGCGGGUGGGGCCCACACGGGUUCCCUUAUAACGGUGACCGAGCCUGGCAAAGCUGUUGUCGAAGUCACGGGGGCAAAAACGUCUAUUGCCAGCGGAGAUGAAAACGUGGCUACCCUUGUUUCGCAGGCUGUUUGUAGCGUUUUAGAUGCAUAGGUGGUUAAGUUGGUGAGGGAAAUAUGAUUUGUUUGAAAAACCCAUUAAGUUAAGAGUCCAUAAGUUUUCUUAGCUAAGAGCAUCUCAAUGGGGAACUGUUGACAGGUAUAAAUUAGAUACAUGCAGACAUUUGUCUUUAUAUAAUGUGUUAUUUUGUAGGCCAUGUUAUGCUGACAUGGCGAUAACAUGGUUCAACAGGACACAUCAUCCAGCCAAACAACUAAAAAAUGAGAAAAAGCCACCAAUAUUAUUUAUUUUAUUUUUUAGAUGAAAAUCAUCUUUUUAAAUUUGAAAUAAUU